UGUCGGGGCCCUUGUUCGGAGAGGCUAAUGGGCGGGGAUCUGUUUGCGUGCCUUUUUUGAAAUCCUCCAGGUCCCUGCUGCGAUGCGUACUGCAGAAGUAGGCUGGGGGCGCACACACGCUGCAGCGCCACGCACCGCGCGCACACACUCACACCAUUUCCAGUGGAGACUGGCACAGAGACGCAGCGCCACGACCACUCCGAUUUGUCUGCCUGCCACGGACUACCGAAACUUCUGAGACAGAGAGGCUAAUAGGUCAUUCUAGCUCGCCGCAGAUAGCGGAUUAAAUUCACGCUUUCCUUUCUUUGCUUUGCUUUUUUUCCCCCCUCUUUUUCUCCUCCUCCUCCUCCCCUGGUUUCGUGUUACAAAGCUCUGGGAGGGAGUUGCGCGGAGAGCCAGUUCUUCUGUGUAGAAACUGAAUGACAGGAUCAUAUGGCUUGAUUUGCCUUAUAGUCCAAACAUUUACAAUCACAGAGGACACAAGAGGAAAGAGGAGGCAAGCCGCGGACGAAAGCAUCCGAGGCUGAUGAAGAUGUGGAAUAAUUUAUAACUCAAAUUCAAGAACAAACGCGAGAUAACGGGGAAAGAAGAAGAGAGGAUACUCGGUCUGUCGUCAGAGAACGACGGGGAGGAAAGCGCAGGACGCGUUUGCCAGACAUCAUCACCACCAGCACCGUAAUAAUAUGCCCAAUGUGACCUUCAUCUGAGUCAAGUAUCUUCAUUCAACGCUCAAAGAAGACGGGAGCAGAAAAACACUGGGAGGCAGAUUAAGAAGAGGGCAGCCAGACGCGUGAGGGAGGAGAAGAAAAACAAGUUGCCAAAAGCUGAGUUGCUCCGUUGAGUCCCUCUAAUCAACUGAUUGAUCCUUCGAUCCAUCACUCAACGCUCCAGUUCUUACGAAUGGGAGCUGACAUGGGAGCCAUGGGCGGGACCAAGGUCUUGCUCCUGGUGUUUCUGGUUGGAUGGGAGAAGUCGCUAGGCCUCAACUGGAACCCAGUCCCGCGCAAGACUGUUCGGUACCAAGAUGUGUUGGACAGCAUGGCGAGAUUCAGCGUGCAGGGAGUGUUCAACUACAGCAUGCUGACUCUGUCCGACCACGAGAGGGUUCUGUACAUCGGAGCACGGGAGGCGUUGUUCGCCCUGGACCCCAACGACAUUAGCAGACAGCUAAGACCGCAGAUCGACUGGCCGGCUCCACAGGAUAAGAAGAGGGAGUGUGUUGCCAAGGGAAAGAACAACCAGACUGAGUGCUUCAAUUACAUCCGCUUCCUGCAGAGCUACGACAACACGCUCCUCUACACCUGCGGCACCUACGCCUUCCAGCCCAAAUGCACUUACGUGAACGCCGACUAUUUCACCCUCAACACUGGAGCCAUGGAAGAUGGGAAGGGAAAAUGUCCAUAUGACCCUGCCAAGGGGCACACUGGCUUGAUAGUGGAUAAGGAGCUAUACUCGGCAACGCUCAACAACUUUCUGGGUACAGAGCCAGUCAUUCUGAGAAACCUGGGCCAGCAGCAUUACAGCAUGAAGAGUGAAUACUUGCCCACCUGGCUCAACGAGCCAGACUUCGUGGGUUCAGCCCUGGUGAGGGAGAGCGGCGGCAGCAAAGAGGGGGAUGACGACAAGAUCUACUUCUUCUUCAGCGAGAGGGCGAUGGAGCUCGACUGUGACACGGAGCUCACGGUGGCCAGGGUGGCCCGCGUCUGCAAGGGUGAUCUGGGUGGCACCAGGACCCUGCAAAAGAAGUGGACGACUUUCCAGAAAGCCCGGCUGGAGUGCUCCCUCCCAGAGCGCCACGUCUCCUUCAACAACCUGAGGGCCGUCUUCACGCUGCCGGGGCAGGACUGGCGGGGGACCACCUUCUACGGCAUCUUCCACGCCCAGUGGGGUGACGUGGACGUGUCGGCCGUGUGCCAGUACCAGAUUGCCGACGUGAAGAAGGUGUUUGAAGGGUCCUUCAAGGAAUACAGGGAGGCGUCCCAGAGGUGGGGACGCUACACGGGCACAGUCCCCAGCCCACGGCCUGGAUCGUGUAUAACGAACUCCGACAGAGAGAACGGCUACAACAGCUCCCUGCAGCUGCCUGACGCCACGCUCAACUUUGCCAAGAAGCACCCGCUGAUGGAGGACAAAGCUCUGGCUCGCCCCCUGCUGCUCACCAAGGGCGUCAACUUCACGAGGCUGGCGGUGGAUCGGGUCAACGCUCUGGACCAGCGCGCGUACAACAUGAUCUUCAUCGGCACAGCGGAGGGCUGGCUGCAGAGGGUGGUGAUCCUUGGCACCGAGGCGCACGUGAUAGAGGAGAUCCAGCUGUUUGAGACGGCCCAGCCGGUGGACAGCCUGACCAUCUCCCACGCCAAGAAGUACUUGUACAUCGGCUCUCGGUCUGAAGUUCUCCAGCUGCCCUUGGCCAACUGCAGCCGCUAUCAGUCUCAGCAAGACUGUCUGCUCGCCCGGGACCCUUACUGCGCCUGGGACAGCGAGGGUCGUGCCUGCGUCCGCAUCGACCUCCACAGAGGGUCCACCUCCUCCCUCUCACAGGACCUCAUGCUGGAGAGGUUCAACCGGGGGAAAGCCAAGUUUGAUAAACCCAUCCCCUUCCCCAGCCCUGAGCACUCCCGUCUGAGGAAUGUGACGGUGGUCGUAGGGUCUGACAUGGUGCUGCCUUGCCAGCUGGUCUCCAACUUGGCUCAACCAUACUGGGUGUUCAACGACCGUGAGCUCCAGCUCGGCGACCCGGAGGCAGGAGGACCGCGCUUCGACCGGACCCUCAAGGCCCUCGUCAUCCCAGAAGCGGCCCCAAUUCAAGCGGGCCGCUACGUCUGCUUCUCUGAGGAGCAGGGGGUUAAGUUUCAGACGGAGCGCUACCAGGUGGCUGUGGUCGCCAGUGCUCCGGUCUUCAUGGAAGCCCGGGCACCAGACAGCAGCAUGGGACUCUUUUGGGUGCUAGUUAUCACCCUCGGGGCGGCUUGUGUCCUGCUGCUCGUCGCUGCUCUUUACCUGCGCAGGAGGCUGAAGCUGGCGCUAGGAAAGGGAGCCGACAUGAAGCCCCUCGAGAGCACCCUGGUCUAUCCCAUCACCCUCCCCAAGGAGCCGCCCACCUUCGUUCCCAGCAAGAUGCCCACCGACGAAGACCGCUUCUGGGAGACGGGCGCCAACUACUACUACUCGGACGGCUCGCUGAAGAUCGUUCCCGGCCACGCCCUGGGGCCGAGCAGCGUCAGCAGCACGGCGUCGCCCAGCGCCAUUCCCGGCCAGCCCAUUCACUCCCCCAGCCGGCUCAGCCUCACCAACAUCCGAGGCUCCGGUAGCAACGGCUACAUCCGCCUCAACCUGAGCACAGCAGGGGAGGAGAGGGCUAGCGGGGCUGGCGCUGGGGGCGGCGGGUUGGGAGGCCUGGGCAUGGGCGGGAACGACUACUCCAGUCCCUUCAAGGAAGAGCUGAGACGCACCCUGCAGCAGAGAAGCGUGCUGCCCGACGCAAACCCAGAGGAGUCGUCCGUUUAGGCUCGUCCUCCUCCGUGUCGAAAAAAAAAACAAAAACAAACAACCAACCUACCUCCCUCCUUUUGAGGAUGCCUGCUCUUCUUUCAGUGACAUGCUGUCGAUUCCCCAUGCACUCUCUCUUUCUCUCUCGCGCUCUGCCAAUGCCUGUUUGGCUCACUGUAGACAUUUAUAGCACACAGCAUGUUCAAUAUACACACUCAUACAACGUGUUUGCCGACAUGCACUCCUGUAAGUAUUGUGUAUUGUGGGCAACAGGCAGUCAAUGGUUGUGACUUUCUCUGCUUCCACUGUGCAAUCGCCACUCGUGUAAAUUGUGUAUUUAAAAAAGGACGGACGCAGGGGAGAACACCUCAAGCAUGGAUAUCAAACAAACGGCGUUACGUGUUUUCAGAAGGGCACAUUUCCUUUGCAUUGAGCGGACCAAGUGAGGCGUUUAGGCCCUGUGCUGGAACCAGUUGAUGAAUGAUGAGGGCAACUAACUGGAAAUAUAUUGAACUGAUUCCCUGUCCUUCUGUUCCUUUGAGACUUUUUAGAUUACUGCACUUAAGAACUGGAAGCGCGUCUUCCCUUUUUUGUACUUGAGAGCCGAGAGUGCGAGAGCGGUAUAAAAAGACUAAUUAAUCUCCAAGCAAGACGACAAUCAUGUCCCCAUAGCGGGAGCGCUGUAUGGGACAAAAAAGGAGAGGAGAGAGAGAGACAAAGAGAGAGGAAAUUAAAUGGAAAAUGAAGGGAAUUGCAGUGAAAGACGCAAGAGGGGGUUUUGAAUGAAGGACAAUCUCUCAAGACUUUCUCUGCUCAAUUUGUAUUUUUUUGCCCCCCCUUGUUGUAUUUACCGCCUGGAGAAAGUCUUCGAUCUCUUCCUCUUUAAUUUGAUGUGACGGUUGGUUUGAAUUAAGACGUUUCUGGUCGUUCUUUUUCUGUGUCUUACGGACUGCAGCAGUGUUCAGACGGUGACUGAUGGCAUCCCUCUGUGAAUGACAAUGCGAGGGCAAGUGCUCGAUGCUGCUCCUCGCUCAGCCCCGCACGGUGACCUUCAAACGUACAUUCGUGUCCGAUGUACAACAAGUGCACUCCAUAUGAUUUAUUAGAGUCACAGUGUGUCAGAGACAGGUGUUUCAGCUGAGCCCUUUUGGAUGUUUGCUCACCACCUUUAAAAAAGAAAUAGGCUAUUUGCAUUCAGCUCCGAGCAGCAGAACAAUAAUUGCACACUUAAUUCCAAAUUGAAGUUGACAUGAAGACAUUAGGCAUGGAGAAUGUAGUUGAACCCUUGCUGUUGCGACCGCUGUGGAUGUCUCAAUAAGUGCUUUAUAUUUUAUGUGUUUGGUGAGGGUGGUGACUUGCACUGCCGAGAAGGAAGCUACGCCUCACACACACUCGCUUGUCCUCUGAAUCCCAACCAUCCUGGACUACUGUGUGUGUUUGCGACACACCCUUAAACCUGAUGAAACCCUAUCCCCAAUACCGACGCCCAGAGACUGACCUGGGGCUACUGUGGACUUAAACGGAGGAAGAGCACUGUAAAACACACCCAACACACACAGUGUUGAUGGGAAAAUGGACAAACGGACAGACUGAUUGCUGCCAUGCUGACAAACUACUGGCUCCAGGCAGGAAACGGCCGUGGACCAGUGAAAGGCGUGGCUUUUUAUUUUUGGGACGUGUCUGUCGGGACCGGGGCAGCAAAGCAAGAAGGAUAGGGGAGGACAAAAAUACUUUGCGUUUCCCCGAAUGUGUACAGGGCGCUGAGAGAGAUGUAGAAUAUCAAAAACAUCCCAAGGUUGGAGAGGUAUUCAGCCAUCAGCACUUCAUCCUCGUGUUGCAUGAUCCUCUGCGAGUGGACUGUACAUCUUUGAUAUGAUCAUCCUUGUACAAGUGCACCAUUUUGACGAACCGUUUUUGGACUUAAGGACACUGAUGUUGUGCAACACUAAUGCUCUCUCUGAAAAAUAAAAAACAACAAAAAAUAUGUCUUGAUUUUCUGGCUCAAGAGUUGUACAGGAAAUUCAUGGCUGCAUUUCAACAUGUUUACUUUUUCUGUGCCUCUUCACCUUUUGGAUAAGCCAAAGUAGACUGCAGUUGUGUUUUAUUCUCGUUGAAAUACUUUGAUUAAUGUUAUUUGAUUCCCGAUUGAUAUUUAAGUCUUAGCAGUCCGUCCACUUUGCUACACUGAGCUGACAUCUGCAACCUUUCGGCACAUUUUAUCUGCAGCUAAAUUUACCCCCAAGCAAAAAAGAAAAAAAAAAGAUUUUCUGUUUGUUUCCUGUUUAUAUGUCAGCGCUGACCUUUAUCCCUUCAUUUUAAGAAAGGUUGACUAAUGUACCAAAACUUUAUUUAAUUUUUUCAGCCCCUGAAAGCCAAAUACAUGCUGCUGGUGACUUUCAGCAGAUCAAUGAUACAAUCUGUUCAUGUUAUAGUAUUAAAUUCCCUGAAGCAGAAAGCUAAAAACGCAUUAGCUCCUCAUUGGUACUCGCUUAUGUCUUAAUAUUUUUCCUCUUUACAAUCAGCCUUUUCUUUCAAUGUGACAUGUUGUAAAACUAAAAAGAUAAAGGAAUACAGGUCUCAAGCUUGAGAAAAAAUGCAUGUUUAGUGUAAUUUAUAUGCCUUUCUUCAUUUCCCACACAUUUGGUUGCGUAUAAUAGUACUUUUCUCCCACACAAGGCUUUAAGUUCUGCUGUUUUCUCUCAUUAUUUGUAUUAUUCUAUUAUCGCCCUAAUUUUAUUUUGCUCCAUUUUUGCUUGUCUGUUAUUGGUCUAUUAUGAUUGUUUUUAAAGUAUGUUAAGUUAUUUCAUCUGUAAAAACAUGUUGAUAUUUAUUACCAUUGUAUAUAUGUCCUUAUUUUUUAUAUGUGUACAUAUACACAAAUAAAAAUAGAGAUAUACUGGA